AUGCAUGUUGAAAGUUGUGGGUUGUUCAGUCUGAAGCCUUCAACAGUUAUUGUGCCGUGUUCCAUGAAAGAAGACGUGGAUAGGCUUUUCACGGGGCAUAGAGAGAUGGAUGGUUCGGAUCUGAAGAAGUUCCAUUUCUCCUUCUGUUGUUACCCGGGAUAUGUAGUGUACUCUGUGAAGCAGAAACUGAAGCAGGACUAUGCAGGGCUUUCUGGCUGCGGGAUUUGGGAUUUGAGGUUAGCUGGUGUUGAGGUCACGAACACCAUAAUGGUACCUGAGAUUGCAUUUACAGGAGACAAUAUGUCAAAAUUUAUCGUCGAUAGUGAUAAUGUCGAUGUCUUGAGGGCUAAGAUUCUAAUCUUGGAGAGCACCUUCAAUAAUGACACAAUGACCAUAGAAGACGCAAGGGAGUAUGGACAUACUCAUCUAUUGGAGAUUGUCAGGUAUGCAGAUAGGUUUAGGAACAAAUGCAUGCUUCUAAUCCAUUUCUCAGCUCGACACAAACAAGAAGAAACCGAAGCAGCUGAGCGUAGGAGCCACCUCUUUAGGGAAGAGUCUUUGCACUCACAAAAGGUUUCUCAUUGUACUCGACCAUGGGAAGGAAUUAAGCUUCAGGGGAAAUUUUAGUGCCACGGCCACCCUUUUUCUCUGUGUAACAAUCGUUUUUGGUACUUGAUAUAUUCGGCUUAUCUUUCAUAGCGGUGAGAUAAUUUCAUAAAUUAGCAAGGCAUGGUAAGUUGGUUUCUCCAAAUGUUGCUGGUAUGUAUCUACUUGAUGGAAGAUAGUGAAGAUAAUUUCUUUAUGUUUGGAAGCUCAAGUGACGAAGCUGAUGCAGAUGAUGAGUUGGGGCUUAGGAAUUUUGGUAUUUUGUUUUGAGAGAUCUGUUCUCAGAUUUCUAGUUAUCCAUUUCUCUUAUAUGUUGUGCAUUUCAGUGCAAUUUUUACAAUCCUACAUGUAGUACAUAUUGCGAUCCAAUCCAAUACAUCUUUUACAUAUGUUCAAGUUUUUGAAAGAAAAUAAAAAAGAUGCAAAUCCUAGGGAUUUCUAGAGCCAAACAUCACUGAUAUUAUACAUCCAAUAAUUACAUUUGCCUUUUGAGUGCUGGCGGUUUUUGAUGUAGGGACUUCCGUUCUGUAAUUGGAAGUAACUAAUAGGUAUGUCUUUUCAUGGUUUUUGUUGAACAGCUGAGUGGUUUAAGCAUGUGGACCAAAUUAUUUUUGUUCCUAUGAUGUGAACUAUGUAUUUCUGUCCUCCGAAAUGUCAGGCUUUUCUGUAGGCUAGAACUUGAUUGCGAACUUCUGAAGUCUUCCUUCUUGCUAUUUAGGAAGCAACGCAUCCGGUUCUUCUGGAGAAGGUCAUCAGGCAUGUCCAGUGAUAAAAGAAAUCGGGCCCAUUUCUCACUCAAAUGCUGAAGUUUGUGAGAGGAGGUUAUUCCCAUCCGAAAUAAGUCCGUUUUUGAAAUCUAUUCGUGGUAAAAUCAAGGUUUGAUCCUUCCACGGGCAGAAAUGCAUCGAGUAAUCGAGUCUGUCUGUCUACAUCUGCCAGCAACACAUAAAAUAACAGGAACUCCUCUUUUAAUGCUCGGGAAUCAUCACACUUGAGGACGGGAGGUCAAGGUAGCAAGACAAACCAAGAAGAAAGAGAAGACUGAAGAAGAAAAAGAAGCAGGAAACAUGAGAACCAACAAGACAACAUCAGACACUUCCUCUCUUGAAUAGUUUGCUUCAGGUUGUUGCGGAGAUUACAUUCCUUUUUAUUGCCAAGCUGGAUGAUUAUGUCAUUUUCUCGGGGAUGAUGUUGAGGUGAGUUAACAGCUCGAGUCAACUUUCUUGGUGAGUCAUCCGCACCAAAGAUCCUUACAGUUUUGGUGCUUGUCCCCGAGACAGCAUUCCUCGCUGGAGAAUCAUCAAAUGACUCUCUCGCAGCGUUGACAGCACCAUUAUUACCGUAAUGACAUCUCUUUCACCCGUCCAGUUAAAUAUCAUCGUGUUCCAAGAACCAACAUCCCUUUCACCCAUCCGAAUAAAUAUCAUGGCAGCAAAAUCAACCCUUCCGCAUCCCAUGAACAGGUUAAGACCCGCAUUCUGAACGGUUAAAUUAGAGUCAAACCCGCACUUUAGAACAAGCCCAUAUAGUGACUCCCUAUCUCUCGCCCUCUUUUCCCUUGCCAAGCCUCUACCUACGGAUGCUAUCCAGAAACUCAAGGGCGAUCCAAAACCUACUCGUAUCUGUCUGACAAAAUCAGAGGCUUCCUCAUAUCUUGAGGAAUUUCGUCAAAAAGACUGCGUGCAUGGUCUAACGCGCCUAGACGGGAGUACAGCUUGUUGGCAAUCUCUCGGCCCUCGUUCUCAAGGAGUCAACAAGCUCCAACUCUACUGAAGAUAUGUUUCUUUUACUUGGUUUUUCCUUUUGGCACUAAAAACGAUUGUAUAUCUGAUAAAUGGUAGAUUCUUAUGUGAAGCCCAAUCUGUAGUUGUUUUACUUGUAUGAGAUGGAAAGAAGCUGGGCUUUUGGA